AUGAGUGAAAACUCUUCAUCGUUGGAUUUGAAUAAACUAUGGGUCGAAUACAAAAAUCGCGAUGGCCGUAUCUAUUAUUACAAUGCGAAAACUCGCCAGUCGACAUGGACGAAGCCAGAAGGGCAACGAGUUAUGUCGCAAGAUGAACUCGAUCAAUUACUGGCAAAUCAAACAGAAACUUCCACGAAGAUUGUAUCACCGUCGGAAGACACAGACAUAAGUGAUAAGCCAUCAACAGCAAUCGAAGAAAUGAAAUUACCGCCAGCGGAGCAACCACCAAGUAAUUUCAAUCCAUAUGCAUAUCCACCGCCUUCACUAGGAAUGCCAUUCGGAGCACUUCCACCACAUCUAUUGCCACACAUGGCUCAAAUGAUGCAAAAUGGUUUUCCAAGUUUUAGUUCGAUUCCACCGCCAGCUCAUUUACUUCGGUUUAUGAUGCCACCAUUUCUGAAUCCACAGACAGCAACAGCCGGUAAAAAUCUAGAAACACUUCAGACAGAACUACGCAAAUUACGCGUCAAAUUGAAAGAAGUAGAAGAGAAGAUGGAGAAAAUCAAUAAUGAAGCAGCCGUUUGGUCAGAAUUCAAGAAUGCUGAAGGCCGAGCUUAUUUUUAUAAUACAAAAACAACCGAGUCAACAUGGGAUAAACCAAUUGUUCUCAAUGAUGUGAUUGAUUUCCAAAAUCAACUUGAACAUAUUAACAAAACCAUUCAUGAGUCAGAAAAAGAAGUUAAACGACUUGAAAGUGAACAAAGUCAAGUCUCAAACGCAGCACUAGCAACGAGUACCAGUGAUAAAUCACAACAGCCACAAGCAGCUCCAAUACCUACAUUUCUAAAUGGUUUCACAUUAGAAAAAUUGGAUAACAAUGAAGCACGACGUUUCGGUGAAUCACCAUUACUGUUAGAUCGCAAUCAAUUAGAUGAUAAAUCCAAAGGCAAAUCCAGACCGAGUGCAACGAAGCCGAUUCCUGGUACUCCAUGGUGUAUCGUAUGGACAACCGAUCAGCAAGUCUUUUUCUUCAAUCCAACUUCACGCACAUCACUGUGGGAUCGACCGGAAGAGCUGAAAGGUCGAAUGGACGUCGAUGAAAUGAUUCGCGCAGCUUUAUCUCAGCAGGAGUCAGUUGAAAGCACUCGUACAGCAACAUCAACCAAGCAAAAAUUAGAUUCGAUUUCCGAUGACACCGAACACGAAGCCAAGAAAAUCAAAUCAGAAGCAACUCCUACAUUGAACACUUCAAGUAGUAAUGAAACCAUCAGUAACGAAAUAAAACUAGUCCAAACGUUGAGUGAUCGUUCUGUUAACGUUGCUAAAGAAUCAGUGCAGGAUGCCGAAGCCAAAGCAAGUAAAUUACGCGAAUCACUUUCAUCCGAAGCGCGCAUAAAGCAAUUUCGCGAAAUGCUCGCUGAAAAACAAGUCAGUGCAUUUGCGACAUGGGAACAGGAACUGAACAAGAUCAGUUCCGAUCCACGGUAUCUAUUAUUGACAGCGAAAGAGCGCAAACAAGAAUACGAUCGUUACACGCAUGAACGUGCCGAUGAAGAACGACGAGAAAUCGAAGCAAAAUUAAAAUUAAAAAAGCAACAGUUCCGUGAUCUACUAAAAGAAUCGAACGUUUCAACUAAAACAACGUUUACCGAAUUCUCAUCGAAGCACAGCAAAGAUGAACGAUUUCGUGCAAUCGAAAAAAUCCGUGAUCGAGAAGCGUAUUUUCAUGAGUAUGUCCAAGAACUAAAAGUUCAAGAAAAAGAAGGAUCGCAUCGACCAAACGACAAAGAAAAAUUAAAAAAAGACUAUUUUGCUUUGUUGAAAGAAUCCAAUGUAACUCGAAAUUCUAGCUGGUCUGAUAUUAAGCACUCAUGUGAUCAUGACCUACGUUACAAAGCUGUUCAUUCCAGUUCUCGACGUGAAGAUUGGUUUCGUGAGUACCAAUCCAAACACCUCGAUGAGACGAAUCCGGCACCCACUGAAACAACCGAAGAAGACCUCGAACGACAACGUGAAAAAGAAAGACAAGAACGUAUCGAUGCCAGUAUAAAAAAACGUGCUGAAGAAGUCAAAGAGCAGUUAUCAGGUGUUCAUCGCGAAUUAGACAAAGAACGUGAACAGCUGAAGAAAGACAAAGCGACGGAAAAUUUCAAAGCUCUAUUAACUGAUAUGGUUCGCACAGCAGAUGCCGAAUGGAAAGAAACGAAGAAAGCCUUACGAAAAGAUCCGCGAUGGGAACAGGAUCUCGAUCGAGAUGAGAAAGAGCAGCUAUUCCAAGAACAUGUGAAUGCAUUGGUAAAUAAACGAACAUUAGCAUUUCAUACACUGCUAAGUGAACAUUGUACAUUGACAUCGACAUGGAAAGAAGUGAAGAAAGUCAUUAAAUCCGAUCCACGAUACGAAAAGAUCGUCUCCAAUGAGCGAAAACGUGAUUUAGAAAAGGAAUUCGAAGAAUAUAUCAAGAAAAAAUAUCAUGAAGCCAAACAAGAAUUUCAAGAAUUAUUAAAAGAAACGAAAAUAAUCACUUACAAAUCAUAUCAAAUAAUUCGAGAAUCAGAAGAACAAAAUCAUCUACGCGAUAUCGAAAAGAUUCUCCAAAAAGAUCAGCGAUACUUUCUGUUAGACUCCGAACCUGAAGAACGCUCGAGAAUUCUGAUGAAUUACAUUCGUGAACUUGAUAAACGCGGCACACCACCUCCACCAACAGCGUCAGUCGAUCGACGCAAACUUUGA